CUGGAGGAGUGGAGCGGGGUUAGGGUUGGAUUAGAGAGGAGACCAUAGGCAAUGGAUACAUGAUGCGCGAAUUUCAUGUUCUACGUGACGCUGCACUUUUUGGUCGUUCUGUGUGACAGUAACGAGGAGGGAACUAGGUGCUAUGGCGUCGGGAACAAGCAGUGUCCCGCAGUCAGCCGAGAGAGAAAUGGUUGACGAUAACGAGGAAGAAGUUGAGGACUGGGAAGACUGGGAUGGCGAUGAUGAGGAGCAGGAGGAACUAGAGGAAUGUAAAUGCCUGUUUUGCGAUGAGACGUUGACUUCUGCCGCGUCUGUUUUCGUUCACUGUGCCGAGCAGCAUUCGUUCGACUUCGUGCAGCUCAGACGAAGCCAACGCUUAGGGUUUUAUGAUUGUCUGCGCCUCAUCAACUAUAUUAGGUCCAAGGUAGCAGCCAAAACACCACGCGAUGCGCUUUUGGAAGAUUUGAGAGCUUCUACAGGGACCGAAAAAUCUGAAGAAGGCAAAACUGCACAACAUGUGGCUGGAUUCCCUUGGAGUGACGACAAGUUCUUGACUCCAUUCUUGCCUAAUGAUACACUGCUCUAUACAUUCGAUGACGGGGAAGAAGAGGAUUUUGAGGAUUUGGAAACAGUGGUUAAGUCAAAGGUGAUAGCAGAAGGAGAGGGGACUAAAAUGGAAAGCAGGUCGGACAAGAGUGAUGACUCUGUAGUUGCAGAGCUGUCGGACGGUAUCAGAGAGCUUCUGUUAACAACUACCCCUGAGAUUGCAGCUCAUGCAUCAGCUUUACUUGCCGAGGAAAUGUCAAAAGCAGAGAAUUCUCAGUUGAUAGACGAGGCAGAUAUUGAUGAUGACCGAGCAAGUGAUGGCGAAGUUGCUGCCAACCGGGAUCUUGUGAACUUCAAUGAUGUUGCUAAUGAGCCCCGUGACGCUAACGGGACUUCUGUUAGUUCGGAGAGUGCUUCUGAAGGUAAACUGAGAAAAAAGAAGUCUAAGGUUACUUUCGCUACUGUGGCUGAGAAGGAAAAGCUCAACAUCAAUCGUUCUUACUUUGGUUCCUACAGCGGAUUUGGUAUACAUCGAGAAAUGCUGGGAGAUAGAGUACGAACGGAGGCAUAUCAAGCGGCCCUCAUGGAGAAUCCUUCUCUUAUCAAAGACGCUGUUGUGAUGGAUCUGGGAUGUGGGACAGGGAUUUUGAGUCUUUUUGCAGCCAAAGCAGGGGCAGCGAAGGUGAUUGCUGUUGACGGAAGUGAGAAGAUGACAGCCGUAGCCACUCAGGUUGCAAAAGUCAAUGGACUACUGGAUGAGAGUGCUUCAAACACGGAAGGGACGACUCGGACUGGUGUGAUGACUGUCGUAGCGGGCAUGAUUGAAGAACUAGAUUCGUCGAUGCCAGUAGCUGAACAUAGCGUUGACGUGCUAGUCAGUGAGUGGAUGGGAUAUUGUCUACUAUUCGAAUCCAUGCUCGGUUCUGUCCUUUACGCCAGGGAUAAGUGGUUAAAGCCAGGUGGAGCGAUGCUUCCUGAUACGGCAACCAUGUUUGUGGCAGGUUUCGGGAAAGGUGGCACAAGUCUCUCAUUCUGGGAGAACGUGUAUGGGUUUGACAUGCAAAGUGUAGGUGAAGAAGUUUUGUAUGAUGCAACGUUACAUCCAAUUAUUGAUGUAAUAAACGCCAAGGAUGUGAUCACCGAUUCAUGUCUCAUCAAGGAAUUUGACCUUCUGAGCAUGAAACAUGAAGAUGUUGAUUAUACAGCGGAUUUCCACGUAAAGUUACCAAGGAGGAAAGCACUUGAAUCUGAUGGAACAGGUUCGACACAAGUAGAUGAUUCAAGCAAGAUUGUCUGGUGUUACGGUUUGGUGGUAUGGUUUGAUACGGGCUUCACUAGCAGAUUCUGCAAAGAAAAAUAUGUGAACCUGACAACUUCUCCGCACACACCAAAAACUCAUUGGGCACAGACUUUGCUGACAUUCAAGGAGCGAAUCGCUCUUUGCGUGGAAGACGAUAAUCUGAACCUUGAUGGACUGGACAAAGAUACAGUGGGAUCAGAAAACUUUCCCGCUUACAGCAUAAGUGGACGCAUCAGUAUAGCACGGAGCUGUAGAUUUCGUAGUAUUGAUAUAUCUUUGGAGACGAACGCUUCGGGAGCAGGAGGCGCUGUGAAGUCAUGGCCAGUGCAAAUGUUUGACAUAUAGUUUCAAUGAGACAGGUACUACGAUGACGGUUGUUUAUCGUUUGUUGCAACCCUUUGUAAAUUACUUGCACCUUCUUGAGGUGAAAUUUUUGACACAUACAAGUCGUAGUUGAGGUAUUGAAUUAAGAAUCUAAUUGCAUCAGGAGUUUUUAUUAAGCUGAAGCAUGAAACUGAGGCUAGGCCCAUUAUGGCCUUGUUAUAAGUUAUAGAUGAUGCAGUGCAAGUCUGCAUUGUGUGAUCAAUCAUUGAUUCUAGUAAAAAUCAUGGAUCUUACUCAUAUGAGUGUCUUUACAAGGCAUAUGUUGGAAUAAGUUUGUGAGGAAGCGUAAGCCUACAGACCCCUACGUAUCAAAUAUAAUACUUUUGAUCCGGGGUUCAUAUACCAAAUCAAUUGUUAGUUGAUAAUCAUAAUCUUGAAAAUCCAGUUGUAUCUUCAGUUAAUGGACAUCAAAUCAUCCCUUCGUCUGGUCCAUUAGAUUGUUUGCCGAUUCUUGUAGAUCCUCAGCCAAGUUAAGAUGUGAACCACUAUUUAGAAUAUCCUCCCCCGAUUCGACGUGAUUGAUGUGAAGCAUGUGGUUCGUUGUGAUAUACUGAGGUUUACUGUUUUGUAUUUAGUCCAUUUAGAUUCCAGAACCUUUUCACACGUGGAAUAUUAGGUGUCACUACCUCUUGUUUUGACCUCAAUGUCAGCUGAGAUUACAUUUCUUUCUCCUGAAGUACCUCAUGAUAACGUGAAGGGUCUAUGAUGACUUCUAUUUAGCAUAUGUACUAAGGUCCAUGGGAAUACACAGUUUUGUCUUUGCUUGUCCUCCGUCGCCUGUGGCAGGUCUCAGCGAAGUCGUCUGCAGUGGCGCUGGUGUUUGAGAAGAUCUUCAAGAAUGGAAGUUGCUUUGUGUAAGUUCCGAAACAAUUAAAAGUUGUGAAUGCCAUGAGACAGAUCUAGUGAUAAAUUCAGUGGGGGAAGCUGGUCCGUACACCCACGUUGGAUCAGGCCAGACUUUUUUAAAGCUUGCUAUUCUGUAGGUCCUGUGUAUAAGUCAGUGGGGUGGAAGAAAUAUGUACACAGUCGUUUCACUCGUGUUCAAGGGUACCAACACGAGGACUCCGAACGGAGUCUUGACGAGUUUUAUUCGGAGAACGAAAAUUUUCCGAUUCUCUAUCAUCACCACGCACUUGUUUAUUUCACUUUCCACUGCUCUUGCUCUGUGGUUCUGACCAGACAGUCAAAGAAUCCCGGAAAUCUUGCCAGAGAGUAGUCUUCAAGUAAUAGCUUGCUCUCUUUUACAGCUCUUCCCCUCUACGGACCUGGACUCGAAGUUUUGCAUGUGGACUUUCGGGCUCAACUCUGUAAUAAAGUGAACUAUUUUCCAGUUUCGGAAGAAUCGUUCUCUAUCUUUAUGCAAG